ACUUUCAUAUGUCACGUAUCACACGCGGAUUCGCUUGGAUCCUCUUGAUUCAUGGACUACAUUUUUCUUGGAGGAAGAUUUACGGUGGAAUAAACAGAGCAUUUUGGCAGUAUUCAUGGAACUAGCGCCAUCCAGAAUGGAGUAUGGACCCGAGGAAAGGCCUUAAGGGAUACACACCGCCUCCUCCCUACUCCCAUUUCUCCCCCUUACCAGAACACAAGCCACUGAAUUCUUCCCUCCCAGUGCUGCCUUACAUAGAAACCGAAGCCACGCGUUCACUCGGUGGCAUGUCGCUGGACUAUUCAGAUGCCAGUAUGUCUCCCUCCUCCCUGGCUCAGAACCACUGGUGUAACGUGGCAUACUGGGAGCUUCGUACACGCGUUGGCCGUCUGUACCCAGUUCAUGACGCCUCUCUUAGCAUCUUCUAUGACCUACCUCAGGGUACAGGCUUGUGCUUGGGCCUGCUCCCCCUCUCUCCACGUUCCACCUCCAUCCAGCGCACCCGUGGCAAGAUCGGACACGGCAUCCUCCUCAGCAAAGAGCCAGAUGGAGUUUGGGCCUACAACCGCAGUCAGCACCCUAUUUUUGUGAAUUCCCCGACUCUGGAACAUUACCCCUACCCGAGUUUGACUGUAAGGAGAGUCAUGCCAGGCUACUCCAUAAAGGUUUUUGACUAUGAGAAGUCGUGCCAAAUUCAACCCCCCAGUGAUUUGGUGCACAUGGAAGGGCCAUACGACCCAAACAGUGUGAGGAUCAGUUUUGCCAAGGGCUGGGGACCAUGCUACUCAAGACAGUUUAUAACAUCAUGCCCAUGCUGGUUAGAGAUUUUACUGAACAACCACAGAUAACGUAUACACAUGAACAAAUGCAGACAUAUACAUUGCUCUUACCACACCCUGCACACACUCACUACAAACGCUCAGACGCCAACGCACAGCCACAAUCCCAAAUGUAAUCUAUCUAAAUUUAAUAUAAAGUUUUAUAUAAAUGUAUUAUAUGGAAUACUUGUAAAUACUGAGUCAUUUUUACAACAUAAUUAUUUAUGUAUGGUGCAAUGUCUUUAUGGAUGGA